GAAAUAUUCUCCACGCUACAUUUUUAGAACUUCCUCGAAAAAGACGCAUUCGUUGUCUUCCCUUCCAUUGAAGAGGAGGACGCUGCAACCUCCGAGAUCCAGCUUCUACCCCGAAAUCCACUCACUCGCGCUUCAGACAUUCCGAACCCUGAAUAUAAUUUCGAUCAUGUCAUUUUCUUAUCUGUCAAGAAUGGACAUUCCUGAGCUCUCGACAUACCAGCCUCGUACAAUUAAUGUGGUUGACGAAGACUCCGAAGAAGCUUGGCUUAAAGCAACAGAAUACCGGCCUCUGACCAUAAGGCGCUACCUGUUGAACUUUUGUGCAAUUGUUGAUGGCAUUCACGCAGCUAUCUAUGGGCUACACCGUCGCGAUAAGUGGGAGGCAAUUCGCAAUGCUCUUGAAGAGAUCAUCAACAUUAGCCAAGAAGUGGGAGCACAGAAUAUGGUAUGUGCAGCGAACGAGAUGCUGAAGCUUCUGGACGAAAAAGAUUACGAAAGUGUAAAGAACAAAGGUGUGAAGGAGCUUUGGGAGCAAUAUGAACUCCUAUACAAACCCGGGUUGGAUCUAAACUCGAAUUCCUUCAACUUGGGAACGGUAGAGAUUGGGGAAGGACGACCCAGCCGAGUAGCGACAGGUCAUCUACCGAAAUCGAGAGAGGUGGGAAAGCCUACGGAUCGAAGACUUAGAACGAAUUGACCAUUAUACACGUUAUGCUUCGGAUGUAGGAAGGCAAAAAGCAUGAACUAGAUCUUCCACACCAUGAUUCACAAAUAGACUGAUUGAUCCAGGUAGCGACAGGCUCCAAUCGAAAGGUACGGAUCAGCAGGAAUGGAGAUAUGCUAAGUUGGUUGACACUUGCAUUCAAUUUGGCAGCUUAUCAAUUGAAAUCACUUUUCUACAGAGUAUUUUAUUUGGAUGCUCUGGAUAUGUUUAUGUAUCCCAUGGUGUGUUGCCUAGACAUAAUUUAAUCCGUUCGCUACGAUUACUUGUAUGAAGAAUCAACACUUUGUCCCGGAAUAAUGCAUGUUCUUGUUUGUUUUGAGCGCAAUUUUCCUCAAAUAUUCGUAUUGUGUUGCAAUCGUCUUGUUUGAAAUGAAUUUCAAACACACCC